AUGGCUUUAAUUUUUCAUCAUGGUCUUUUAAAAGACUUUACCUUAAUAUUAGAUGAUGCAGAUGAUUAUAAUGUUAUUAUUCAAGUUGGUGAAAAUCAAAAUAUAAAAGAAUUUCGUGCACAUUCAGUUAUUUUACGUGCUCGUUCUCUUUAUUUUAAAAGUGCCCUUUCUUCUAAUUGGGUUACAAAAAAGGAUAAUAUGAUUAUAUUUAGUAAACCGAAUUUAACACCAAUUAUCUUUGAUAUGGUUUUGAGAUACAUUUAUACUGGUGAACUUGAUUUAACUGAACAAUCGGGUGAAAAUAUUCUUAAUCUAUUAGUUGCGUCCGAUGAAUUAUUACUUGAAGAAUUAUUUAUACAUGUUCAAAAUUAUUUAAUUAUAAAACAAACAAAUUGGGUUCGAGAAAAUUUUGUAUUUGUUCUUAAUACCGUGUUUAGACUUGAUAAUUGCAAGAGAUUACAAGAUUAUUGUCUUGAAUCUAUCUGCGAAGAUCCACUACAAUUUUUUUCUUCAAAAUCUUUCCUCUCAAUAAAUAAGGAAAUACUUCUUGGCUUGCUUAAAAGAGACGACUUACAAAUUGAAGAAGUUGUCAUUUGGGAUUAUUUAAUUAAAUGGGGUAUUGAACAAACUCCUGGUCUUGGGUAUGAGAAUAGUGAUAGAGCGAAAUGGAAUUAUAAGGAUUACGAAACAUUGAAUAUAACUUUAAAUCAAUUUAUUCCUCUCAUUCAAUUGGCAGGAAUUUCUCGUGCAGAUUUUUUUGAUAAGGUUCAUCCUUAUAGAACCAUUAUUCCUACUCAUAUUUACAAAGAAAUUGAAGAAUUUCAUUAUAAAGACUCCUUACCAAAAACUACCAUUUUACCGACCAGAGCUGGUUUAAUAUUCAAAUCAAAUAUUAUCAAACCAAAACUUGCAAAAAUAAUAAUUAAUUGGAUUGACAAUAAAGAUACUAUGUAUAUUCGUAAUAAUAGAAAUGAUCCAUUUUAUAAGUUUAAUCUUAUUUAUCGUAGUAGUCGUGACGGAAUUGGUAGCAAAUCAUUUAAAAAAAAGUGUAAUGGACGAGUAGCAAGUUUAGUCUUAAUCAAAGUUAAAAAUAUAAGUAAGAUUUUCGGUGGAUAUAGUUCUAUAGGAUUUAAUUCAUCAGGAGAUGAUUUUAUUAAUGAUAAUGGUUUUAAAUUUUAUAAUUCAUCAGAUAAUUUUAUUUUCUCAUUUGAAGAUGGCGAUGAUACUCAAAAUAUGAAAAUAAGUCGGGUAAUAAACAGUUCUCAUGCCAUAUUGGAUUAUUACCAUAAUGGAUUCAAUUUUGGUCAAGGUUCAUUGAGCAUGAGCUAUGAAGGAUUACAUGUUAAUAAUACUUGCUCAAAUUAUGAAAAUAAUUUAAAUACUUUAACAGUUUAUACUAUUGAAGAAAUUGAAACCUUUACUGUAAAUAGGUAA